CUAGAUAGUCACAUAAGGCGCAAUAAACAUAGGAUUCUUCCCUUCUGAUUUUCCUCCACAGCCACCAUGGAAACCAAAGCUGUUCUAGACCUCUUUGAUUCUUACUGGUUUGAGGUUAACAUUUUGAAGAAAAAUUCCAGCGCCGACACAUCAAUUACAAGUGGUAAAGGAAAUCUAGAAUAUGAGACAAAAGAAGAAAAGGAAGAAGAAUUAGAACCAAAGCUUCCCUUGAUCAGAACCAGCCACACCAGAUCCAUGAGUGACCAAUCCAUGACAAGCACAAGAUUCAACAAUGAUUCCCUUUCUCCAGACUCUGUACUUCUUCUCUCGCCAAAGCUCCAAACCAUUCUCUCAGGAAAAGAAGUCACUGGCUCUGAAGGUGAGAGUCCAACACAGGUUAGGCUCCAUGAGGUGUUGUGCCCUGAGAACAGAAAAAGUUGCAAACUUUCGGGUAAUGGAACUAGGAAGAGGAGGGAGAGCAAGAGUUUGUCCGACCUUGAAUUUGAGGAGCUAAAAGGGUUCAUGGAUCUGGGUUUUGUUUUCUCAGAGGAGGAUAAAAACACAAGCUUGGUUUCAAUUAUUCCUGGGCUGCAAAGGCUAGGGAAGAAGGAAGAAGAAGAAAAAGAAGAAAGAGGAGAUUGUAAUGAGCUAAAUGUCCCAAGGCCUUACCUUUCUGAAGCAUGGGAGGUUCGGGAAUAUGGUAAGAGAAAAAAAGAGAACCCCUUGGUGAAUUGGAAAAUACCUGCUUUGAACAACGAAAAUGACAUGAAAGAUAGUCUCCGAUGGUGGGCACACAGAGUUGCUUCCACUGUCAGAUGAUAAUGCUGUUGUUCAUAAUCCAAGUUUUAUUGUUCACUUCUUUCUUUCUGUUCAAUAUACACAUUUUUCUUAUUCUUUUGUCCAUUUUUUUAUGUAUUUAUUCUCUUUCUUAUUUUUUUUUUCUGGAAUUUGGCGAUCGAUAGAUUUAUGAUUAGCUGUAAAUUUGUACGAAAAGAGAGAAAUUUUAUGCAGCAUUUCAGAUUUAUUUCAGAUUUAUUGACACAAUCCGAACAAAUAUAGUACUCAUGGCAGGUCUGAAUAUUUGUUCUUUUUGUAAGUUA